AGCGUGGAAGAGGUUAGGUUAGUUGUCCCUCCAGCUCGUCAGGGUGUAAACAAUGGCUAGUCACAUCCUCACCCUUCUAGUCAUAAUAAUGACUUUCCUCGCACGCACCUCCCAUACCAGAGAUAUAGAAAGAGAAAUGACUAUAGCGGUUAAAGCGGGCACGGAGGAGUGCUUCUACGAGCUGGUGAAGGCUGGCGAGUCUCUGGACGUGGAGUAUCAGGUUAUUGAUGGUGGACAAGGCGAACUUGACAUUAAUUUUUACGUAGCUGGGCCAUUAGGACAAGUACUUGUGCAAGAUUUGCGGAGAGGAGAAGGAUCCCAUAGAACAACUAUGUCUGAAGAAGCCGAUUAUCGGAUCUGUUGGGAUAACACAUUUUCUCAUUUCAACUCGAAGACUGUUUUCUUUGGGGUCAUGAUUGAGAGUGAUGAAGACGACGAUGAUCUUUGGGAUCUUGGACCAGAAACGAGUGUCACUGCCGAAGAAGUAUAUGAAAUGAAAAUAGAAGACAUAAAGGUUGCAAUGGACAGGAUUCGUGGUCACCUUACGAAGUCAAGGUUCAUGCAAGAUCAACUCCGGGCAUAUGAAGCGCGUGAUAGAAAUAUUGCAGAAAGUAACUACAGCAAAGUAAACACUUGGUCCCUAAUAAACAUAUCAGUGAUGAUGGUUACUGGAAUUGUUCAGGUAAUAUUAUUGAGGAGUUUGUUUGAUGAUAAGUCACGGCUGCAUUCACUCUGGAAAAAGGGAACUGCAUCUAAAUUUACUUGAUGGUUUUAACUUUGGAAAACUUAUUUUAUUAGACUGCCACCAAAGCUGAAGGUCAUGGGGUGCCAGAUAUACCUUAAGGUUAAUCGUACUGUGUGAUGGUUGCAAGCUUAAUUUAAACAAUUUGUCUAGAUUAAACUACACAUUUUUGAGACUUCAAUUUAAGUAAAUUUAUAAUUAUAAUUUUCUGGACAAAUUCUAAUGGCCAUAAUAAGAGAAAGGAAAGUCUGUAUAUAUAAUAUAUAGCGCACCUUAAUGCGUUUGCUAUUAUUAACUAGCUUUAACAAAGUUACAUGUAGUUCAUAUAGCACACCGAAAUAUUAUCUUGGUUCAUUUAAGCCAAAGAAUUAAUUUUGAUAACUUGGAUACAAAUAUUUUUAGUUUAUUGACCUUUGGCAAUUUGAUGUUAAUGGUACAUGUUGUACUUUUAUUGACAUUUUAGCUGCCAGACUUUUAGCCUUGCAAAGACAUAUAAUGAUGUUCAAAUAUUUUGUACGGUUAAAAAUAUCUUGACAGAUUUGCCGUUACUUGGUGCCAUAGGUAAUGAAGAUUUUGUGUGAAUAAUUGAGCCACUUACUGUUGGGUACUUUUAUUUUUGUCUUGCUCCAAAUAGAAUUUUAUUCUUUUUAGAAUUUUACAAAAGGCCUAUACUUUUUUUCUCUAGUUCAAAAUGGAGAAUAAUCUUGCACAAGACUUGAUAGUUCAGGGCUGUAAAAUGGUAGCUUUCUUAAAUUGAAUUUUUUUUUCCUGAAAAUUUCAAUUUUUUUAAUUGAAAGUUAUUAAUUUAUUUGAUUAAUAGGCACGAAAACCAUUUCAUAAUUAUUUUAAACUAAGGAUUACAAAAUUCAAUAAUUUGCUUAAAUGCAAUAAGAAAAUAAAGUAAAUUUAUUCAAAAUUGCAUUGUGCCUAAAACCUACUGAAGACAUGGAAUGCCUUGCAUUAGGUAUUUAAAUAAAACCUUUGUUAUAAAUCUGAACCGAAUAUAACUGACAAAUUAAACAUACUGUGUUAAUUCUUGUAUUGGCUCCAUGUAGAAAACUUUAUUUUGGUUUUCCUGCCCCAUAGUUGAAUGUGAAUAGAAUAGUUUAUCUGGAUUGAAAUACCUUGGGACAUUGGUCUAAUUGUAGAUUCUUUAUUGAAAAUCGAGGACUUGGGCAAUCUUUAAAAAAAAUUGACAAAAUGGCUAUUGCUUCGUGUUUGACUAUUUUACAACCUACAAAUGUGUGCGUGUGUGUGUGUGUAUAAAAAUGAUUGUAGAUUUGAUUAUUCAUGAAGCCUGGUGUUGUAGAAAGAUUUUUUGUAAAUAUAGCAACUUCAAUUUAAACUUCUGCAUUUAAUUAUUUAAAUAGCUUGAUUUAUCAUGGGAAUUUUAAAGUUGUGUGCAGAUAAAUUGGUUAACUUAAUAAGUCGUCUAUGAAAUGUCCAUAAACUAAGAUGUUUACUUAUGAUCAUGACUUUAUGUAGAAUUGCAAAACUUUGCUAUGCAAACUUCAGACACCAGAAUGAAGCCAGCAUCCCAUGGAUGUGCCACUGGCAAGGUGUUAAUAUAGAAUGGCAUUAAUAACUGCAGUCGAGUGGAUAUUUGCUUUUUCACCUUUAUUGGCAGCUCGAUGGUAUUAAUGUCCAGCUUAUAUUCUUUACCUAACUGGAAAGAGGCAUUUGAAAUAGUUUGAUUUUUAAAAGGAAUGUUCUUGUAAUUAUUUUUUUUUUUUUUUAAACUGUCAGGACAUGUUAAUGUAUUGUUUUUACGUGCUCAUUUUAAUGUAAUUGAGAAUUGUUUGGCAUUUGUAACUGGUAAUUCUGUAAUGUGCAAAGUUUAGUCUAAUCUAUUCAUUAGAAUAAUAGAAACUUGUAAUUUAUACUGUAUUCACUUCUUUCUGUGUUUUGAAUAAAAAUGUCAAUAGUA